AUGAACAAAAUCACCGAUGUUAAAUUAAAUGGUUCUAAUUUUCUUGGUUGGAGUAAAACUAUUAUCGUCCACCUCCGUAGUAUAGACAAGGACGAUCACUUGGAUUCGGGUCCUCCCACUGAUGAUGUCAAAGAUGAUACUCGUCGGGCGUGGUUACGUGAUGAUGCAAAAUUGCUUGUUCAAAUUCGAAACUCCAUCGAGCCCGAUAUACUCUCUUUGGUCAAUCAUUGUGAAUUUGUCAAAGAAUUGAUUGAUUAUCUAACCUUCUUAUACUCUGAACAUACCAAUAUCUCUCGUAUUUAUUCAGUUUGCAAGUCAUUUCAUAGAGGUGAGCAACAUGACAAAAAUGCUACGGCAUAUGUCAUGGAGUUUAACAAGGUUUAUGAGGAACUAAACUCUCUCCUUCCAUUAAGCGGCGAUAUCAAAGCAAUGCAGAAGCAACGGGAACAAAUUGCUGUUAUGAGCUUCUUGACUGGGUUACGUCCAGAAUUUGAUGCCUUCAAGAAUCAACUUCUCUCCGAAUAA